GACUCUCCGGUGCUCGGUGGGGGGAGGGGGGCACCUCUACCAGGCUAGAUCCCGGGCGGUGCCAGCUCUGCCAGCAAGAUGGUGUCGUGGAUCAUUUCUAAGGCCGUGGUGCUGGUGUUUGGGAUGAUGUACCCAGCAUAUAAUUCUUACAAGGCUGUGAAGACGAAAAAUGUGAAAGAAUAUGUACGGUGGAUGAUGUAUUGGAUUGUAUUUGCCCUUUACACUGUAACAGAAACAUUAGCUGACUUAACAAUCUCAUGGUUCCCUUUGUAUUAUGAGCUGAAGAUUGCCUUCGUUAUAUGGUUAUUAUCGCCUUAUACUAGAGGGGCCAGCUUGUUGUAUAGGAAGUUUUUACACCCUCUACUUUCUUCAAAGGAAAGGGAGAUUGAUGAUUACAUCGUACAAGCCAAGGAAAAGGGCUAUGAAACCAUGGUGAACUUUGGCAAGCAAGGCUUGAAUCUAGCUGCAACUGCUGCUGUGACUGCUGCUGUGAAGAGCCAGGGGGCCAUUACAGAACGCUUACGAAGCUUCAGUAUGCACGAUCUAACCGCGAUACAAGGGGAUGAAGCCGUGGGGGGCAGAUCCUUUCCGCCCCUGCAAGAAGUACAAAAGAAGUCGAAAACCAUGUCCAGUGAAACCCCAGGACUUGGCUCAUUAAGAAAAGAUUCUGGAGAUGACAAUACAGAUGAGGAAACAGAGGGGGCACAUUCAGAGGAUGAAACCUAUUCUCAGAAGGGACUUCGGAGGUCACAGAGCAUGAGAUCUGUUAAGGUUGUAAAAGGCCGCAAGGAGGUGCGAUAUGGAUCACUGAAGCAUAAAGUCAAGAAGAGGCCACAAGUUUAUUUUUGAUCGGUCAUAUGGAAUCUCCUGAAUUGACCUUCUGCAAUAAGAGUUCUUUAUGUGACAUACUGUACAUUUUAGAACCUUCAUUAAGGUUCUAGUGAAUGGAUAUAUUGUCAUAAGUAUAUUGUUUAUGUUCUGAGGAACGUUUUGUAGCUUCAUCUACCCAACUACUGGGAGUAGCUAUCUUCUCAAAUACACGACACAUGUUGGUGUAGGUGGUUAUUUACCUCUUAAUAUCUAAUAUCUAAAAAUGGCUGUAUUACACCAUGGAAGGUAGGAAAAACUGGACCACCUCAUCUGGGCUUUUAAUAGUUUUAUGCAAAAGCAUUUCUCUUACAUAAAGUGUUUGUUCCACACUAACAGUGGUGUCUUGAAGCUGCCACUGAAUUUCUAUACAGUGUUAUUCAAUCAAUUUUUAAAUGAGCUCUUUACAUAUUUGUCUUCCAAGUAUUAUAAAAAAGAAUAAACAAGGCAUUUUAAAGCA